CCUGCGACUGUGCGUUUUCUUUUGGUUGCACGAAAUCAACUGUGCCUCUAUCGGGGGAAAGGGUCAGAUAAACAAAAAACGCCUUCGUGAGUUGGGUGCUCUGAACUCUAUCCUUGGUUCUUUCCCUCUCUGGUCUGCCAGACACUAUCACCGUGCCAUUUCUUCUCUUUGGGAAAGAAAACUGAAAACACUCACUCACGCACGAGAAAUACAAAAUAGAGACACCAACUCUCUGUUGCUUAUUCUCUGGCUGCUGGUUAAAGCGCUGUGGUUGGACUCAGGUGAUGCUUCGUUGAGAACGUUGUACUCUUGAAAGUACUCCAAACUUUCUCCUCUCUUUUGUUCUUGGCUUUACGAGCUAAGUCUUUUUUUUUUUUUUUGGUUCUGGGUCUUUUUAGGGUUUCAGCUUCCGUUCUCUUUACCAAGGGUGGUUGGGUUGGUUGUUGAAUUUCCAUACGGAUUUUGGUAGCAAUAUUAUACUUUUUUAUUGUAGACAUGAGUAGUAAUGAAAUGGUGGAUACCAAAGAAGCGGGAAAAGAUGUGGAUGAAACACUCAGUAUCAAUCUAAAUGAUGCACUACUUGAAGGGGAAGCCAAAGUCCCUCCUUUGUCUCACCCUGGGGAUCAGGAAGCUCAAAACCCUGUCAAAAAUGGGGAACUGGGGGCAGAUGACAAGGAUGAUGUUACGAAAGAUGCAAUAGACAACACAGUUGUUCAAGUAGAGGAACAACUCCUUGCUGAAAAGGUUGCAGAAAUUCAUGAUGCCAAAAGUCCUGAGACCUUUCUUGAUAACAAGGCUGGCGAAGCUGCUAGUGAUAGUAAAAUCCAGGAAAAUGUAAUUACUGCUCAGGAUAAUGCUGACAAUGUUGCCAAUGAAAUUAACAUUGAUGCAAAUUUUAAAAAAGAGGAUAAUCAUAUUCAUAUAUUGAAUGAGAAGUCGUUAGAGACCAAAGCUGAAGAAGAUGAGAAAGUUGAAGUUGAUAAGAAGGUGGAGGCAUUGAAAGACGUGGUGACCAAGGUGGAUUUGUUUCCACAGACACAAAUUAAAAGGGUGAUGCCAAAUCCCAACUUGGUUGAAGAGUAUGAAGCCACCAUGAACACUCCAAACAAAUCAUUCCUGGUGGAAACUUCUUCAGCUGAGGGCUAUGAGUCAGGAACAGAAGAUGAGCAAGCUGCGUUUAUGAAAGAGGUUGAAACUUUUUAUAAAGAGAAUCACUUAGAAUUCAAGGCCCCAAAGUUUUACAAAGAAGAACUGAAUUUGCUCAAGUUAUGGGCAGCAGUAGUUAAACUGGGAGGCUAUGAACGGGUGACUUCAUGCAAGUUAUGGCGGCAAGUGGGAGAAUCAUUCAGACCCCCAAAGACCUGCACUACUGUCUCUUGGACAUUCCGAAUUUUCUAUGAGAAGGCAUUACUUGAAUAUGAAAAACAUAAAAUGCGUUCUGGUGAGCUUCCUUUUUCUGAUGCUUCCUUGACAGAGCCUCCUAUUACAGUUGAAAAUCAGGCACCAGGAAGUCAAGCUCUUGGAUCGGGUAGGGCACGGAGGGAUGCUGCGGCUCGUGCCAUGCAGGGAUGGCACUCCCAUCGUCUUCUUGGUAAUGGUCAGGUUUGUGAUGCAAUCAUCAGGGAUAAGAACUCUAGUUCUACACCAAAGGGUGACAAGCAGCUAAAAUUGAAUGGUUUACUGAAGCGUAAAAGGCCAUCAAAUGUUGAGCGUGCUGUCCAUGUUCCCUAUAUGAAAACGAUGAAACUACAGGCAGAUACAAUGGUCAUGGACAUUGGACCUCCGGCUGAUUGGGUGAAGAUCAAUGUGCAAAGAACUAAUGACUGCUAUGAAAUAUAUGCUUUAGUUCCCGGGCUUUUGCGCGAGGAGGUGCAUGUGCAGUCUGAUCCAGCUGGACGCUUGAUUAUAUCUGGUCAACCAGAGCAACUGGAUAAUCCUUGGGGUGUCACACCUUUUAAGAAGGUUGUCAGCUUACCUUCAAGAAUUGAUCCACAUCAGACAUCUGCUGUGGUUACCCUGCAUGGGCAGUUGUUUGUGCGUGUCCCAUUUGAGCAGUCAGAUAUUUAGAAUAUGGAGAUGGCUCUCUUAAAGUACAGAGGGAAAUUACACCCGCCAGGACUAUUAUAGUGUAAGUUGUUUAGUCAUUGCUCACAGUGGGAGCUUGAAACAGUGUAAACGGGUAAAAAUUUAUGUCUUUCUUAUCAUGUAACUAAUAGGAUUGAGAUUCUCACAAUUAUAUCUAAUUAGACAUUAGCCCGCGCGUUGCAAAAUCUUUUUAUUUUUAAAUUAUUAUUGUAUAAAAUUGUAGGAUGUCACUUUAUCA